AGCUCCUCCUCCGUUCAUUGACGUGAACUGGCAGCGCAGUAGGUUGUGCAAGAUGGCGAGCAGAGCUGUGUCCGUGGCUUUGAGUAGGGCGAACAGGAUCCAGGCCUGCGGGCCUAGUCUUCUGCUUGCCAGAGGCCUUGCAUCAUCUAGCCAGAAAGCCAAAGAAGACAGUUGGCUCCGAUCACUCUUUGUGCGUAAGGUCGAUCCACGCAAGGAUGCUCACUCAAAUCUGCUGGCGAAGAGGGAGACCAGCAACCUCUAUAAAAUACAAUUUCAUAAUGUAAAGCCAGAAUGUCUAGAAGCCUACAACAAACUUUGCGAAGAGGUGUUGCCAAAGAUCCAUGCAGGAGAAGAGUAUCCAUGUACACUAGUGGGGACUUGGAAUACAUGGUAUGGAGAACAAGAUCAGGCAGUUCACUUGUGGAGGUACGAGGGAGGAUAUCCAGCACUGACGGAGGUGAUGAGUAAGCUCCGGAAAAAUAAGGAGUUUACCGAGUUUCGCAAAGAACGAGGUGCCAUGUUGCUGUCUCGUAAAAAUCAGCUGCUUCUGGAGUUUAGCUUCUGGAAUGAACCUGUCCCAAGACCAGGACCCAACAUUUAUGAACUGAGGUCCUAUCAGCUGAGGCCUGGAACUAUGAUUGAAUGGGGAAACCACUGGGCACGUGCCAUUAGGUAUCGACAGGACAACAGUGAAGCUGUUGCUGGCUUUUUCUCCCAGAUUGGACAACUGUACAUGGUCCAUCAUUUGUGGGCUUACAAUGACUUGCAGAGCAGGGAUGACAUUAGAAAUUCAGCCUGGCAGAAAGAUGGCUGGGAUGAAUGUGUCUACUAUACUGUUCCUCUUAUACAGGAGAUGGAAUCCAGAAUUAUGAUCCCACUGAAGAGCUCUCCUCUGCAGUAAUCCACUGUGUCCUCCUCGUGCCUUAACUGACAACAAUGGCAGAUUUCUCUGUGGAUUACAUAAGCAAUGAAUGAACAUAUACAAACUCCCAAAAGAAACAUUAUUUGUGCAAUUCAUAAUUCUGUGUGUGUUUAAUCAUGUAGGCCUGCCAGUUUUCAUAUCUGUUUUAAUUUCUUUGUGACCAUUGAUCCGGUAAUAACCACUGUCAAUGUUGAGACCUGACACAUACUGCAUACUGUUUUCUCUCUGUGAUAAUAGUGCUGCUUUUCAUUUCUCGGCCAGUGGAA